GUUGUGGGUAGAGAGUUCCAGGGAAGGAGGGCGUAGACAAAGCGCUGCCUGAACUUGCGGCGCGAAAAAGGCGCGCAUGCGUCCUACGGAAGCGUGCUUGCUCACCGACCGCAUUGCGGCUUGGUUUUCUCACCCAGUGCAUGUGGCAGGAGCGGUGAGAUCACUGCCUCACGCUGAUCCUGGACUGACGGUCACGACUGCCUACCCUCUAACCCUGUUCUGAGCUGCCCCUUGCUCACACACACCCCAAACCUGUGUGCGAGAUCCGCGUCCAUGGAGCUACAGCCUGCUGAAGCCUCGAUCGCCGUCGUGUCGAUUCCGCGCCAGCUGCCUGGCUCACAUUCGGAGGCUGGUGUCCAGGGUCUCAGUGCGGGAGACGACUCAGAGUUGGGAUCUCACUGUGUUGCCCAGACUGGUCUCAAACUCUUGGCCUCAAGUGAUCCUCCUCCCUCAGCUUCCCAGAAUGCCGAGAUUAUAGAGACGGGGUCUGACUGUGUUACCCAGGCUGGUCUUCAACUCUUGGCCUCAAGUGAUCCUCCUGCCUCAGCUUCCAAGAAUGCUGAGGUUACAGGCACCAUGAGCCAGGAUACCGAGGUAGAUAUGAAGGAGGUGGAGCUGAAUGAGUUAGAGCCCGAGAAGCAGCCGAUGAACGCGGCGUCUGGGGCGGCCAUGUCCGUGGCGGGAGCCGAGAAGAAUGGUCUGGUGAAGAUCAAGGUGGCGGAAGACGAGGCGGAGGCGGCAGCCGCGGCUAAGUUCACGGGCCUGUCCAAGGAGGAGCUGCUGAAGGUGGCGGGCAGCCCCGGCUGGGUGCGCACCCGCUGGGCACUGCUGCUGCUCUUCUGGCUCGGCUGGCUCGGAAUGCUGGCGGGUGCCGUGGUCAUAAUCGUGCGGGCGCCUCGUUGUCGCGAGCUACCGGCGCAGAAGUGGUGGCACACGGGCGCCCUCUACCGCAUCGGCGACCUUCAGGCCUUCCAGGGCCACGGCGCGGGCAACCUGGCGGGUCUGAAGGGGCGUCUCGAUUACCUGAGCUCUCUGAAGGUGAAGGGCCUUGUGCUGGGCCCAAUUCACAAGAACCAGAAGGAUGAUGUCGCUCAGACCGACUUGCUGCAGAUCGACCCCGAUUUUGGCUCCAAGGAAGAUUUUGACAGUCUCUUGCAGUCGGCUAAAAAAAAGAGCAUCCGUGUCGUUCUGGACCUUACUCCCAACUACCGGGGUGAGAACUCGUGGUUCUCCACUCAGGUUGACACUGUGGCCACCAAGGUGAAGGAUGCUCUGGAGUUUUGGCUGCAAGCUGGCGUAGAUGGGUUCCAGGUUCGGGACAUAGAGAAUCUGAAGGAUGCAUCCUCAUUCUUGGCUGAGUGGCAAAACAUCACCAAGGGCUUCAGUGAAGACAGGCUCUUGAUUGCGGGGACUAACUCCUCCGACCUUCAGCAGAUCCUGAGCCUACUCGAAUCCAACAAAGAUUUGCUGUUGACUAGCUCAUACCUGUCUGAUUCUGGUUCUACUGGGGAGCAUACAAAAUCCCUAGUCACACAGUAUUUGAAUGCCACUGGCAAUCGCUGGUGCAGCUGGAGUUUGUCUCAGGCAAGGCUCCUGACUUCCUUCUUGCCGGCUCAACUUCUUCGACUCUACCAGCUGAUGCUCUUCACCUUGCCAGGGACCCCUGUUUUCAGCUAUGGGGAUGAGAUUGGCCUGGAUGCGGCUGCCCUUCCUGGACAGCCUGUGGAGGCUCCAGUCAUGCUGUGGGAUGAGUCCAGCUUCCCUGACAUCCCAGGGGCUGUAAGUGCCAACAUGACUGUGAAGGGCCAGAGUGGAGACCCUGGCUCCCUCCUUUCCUUGUUCCGGCGGCUGAGUGACCAGCGGAGUAAGGAGCGCUCCCUACUGCAUGGGGACUUCCAUGCAUUCUCUGCUGGGCCUGGACUCUUCUCCUAUAUCCGCCACUGGGACCAGAAUGAGCGUUUUCUGGUAGUGCUUAACUUUGGGGAUGUGGGCCUCUCGGCUGGGCUGCAGGCCUCUGACCUGCCUGCCAGCACCAGCCUGCCAGCCAAGGCUGACCUCCUGCUCAGCACCCAGCCAGGCCGUGAGGAGGGCUCCCCUCUUGAGCUGGAACGCCUGAAAUUGGAGCCUCACGAAGGGCUGCUGCUCCGCUUCCCCUAUGCGGCCUGACCCCAGCCUGACAUGGACCCACUACCCUUCUCCUUUCCUUCCCAGGCCCGUUGGCUUCUGAUUUUUCUCUUUUUUUCCCCUUUUUAAAAAAACACAAAACAAACAAACAAAAAAACUGUUGCAGAUUAUAAGUGAACCCCCAAAUAGGGUGUUUUCUGCCUUCAAAUAAAAGUCACCCCUGCAUGGUGAA